AUGGAUCUUCAAGCCCUCCCAAGCGACGUUUUCACACUGAUAGUUGAUCACCUCGUGGCCACCAUCGGCAUCUACAAGGCCGUGCGCCUUCGACUAGUCAAUCGAAUGUUCGAUACCGCAGUGUUGUCAGCAAUCUGCAAUAGCCAUGUUGUCGACAUCGACGACCCGGCUACCCCCCACCUACAUCUCCAGAUGCCACCGGAGCUCAAAGCAAGGAUCCUCCUGUCACGUUCUCGCAGCGCCACCAAGAACAAGGUUGUACAUGUCAUUCAGAUCGUCAAUCAGGAACUCAAUCUUGUGGCAGAGCCCGACGACGACCAUCAGUGUGGGCCGUCCCUGCUGAUCGCCGAGGCGGCUGCGCACAAGUACCCGGGCAAGCCUCGGCAGAUCAGAGGAGACAUCAAGGACAUCGACGCCAAGAUGGAAGCACAGAAUAGGCUGAGUGGCCUCAUCGUGCUGGGAGACCUACCUCGGGCCAUGGCUCUGCUUCAGGACGCGUCACCGGCUCUGGCGGACGUCAAUGCAGAAAGCCCCUAUUUCGGCCGCCCACUGCAGAUUGCCGCAGCCUGGGGCGACGCCGAUAUAGUGCGCUCCCUCUUGGAUCACGGUGCAGAUCCGCAAGCUGGCAGCUACACCGAGGACGACAUCUGGUACCCGCAGGCGAAUGUGGGUGUGCAGCUUGCCUUCCAGGAACGGAGCGCAGCGGGAAGCGCACUGAGUGCAGCCGCUCGAGGAGGACACGAAGACAUCACCCGCCUCUUGUUAGCAGCACGUAGAGAAGGGUUAUCGCCCCUCGGGAAGGAGUUUGCCCGGGCUGUCCUAGCUGCGACGAUAGGCGGCCAUACUCACCUCAUCAACCUCCUGUUACAGAACGCCGCGAGUAGCCUCUCCGACUGUCCCAAGCUGAGGGAGGAGAUGCUCUGGGCGGCGGCAACGAGCAGCCAAAGAGACGUCGUAAAGCUGGUGCUGGACGACGGCGCGGACGUGAACGCGGCUCCCUAUCCUGAUUCUCGCGGUUACGGGUGUGCGCUCAGUAUCGCUUCAAGGAAAGGCAACAUUGCAAUGGUCCGCCUGCUGUUGAGCUACGGGGCAGAUGUGAAUUUCAAACACACGAGGGAGUCACAGGACCCCAUCAAGGUCGCAGCGCUCAACGGCCACCAGGAAGUGGUCCAACUGCUACUCGAGCAGGGGGCCAGCAUGGUAAGCGCCCUGAGGCAGGCCGCAGACGGAGGGCAGGCCCAUCUGGUGCGGUGGCUCUUGCAGAAGGACCCAGACCUGGUCCACGAGGCUUACUCGUACGAGCUAUCGGUCGGGCAGGAGGCACUCCGCUGCGCGAUUCUCAUCAAGAACCCAACGGUCAUCUCCCUGCUGGUUCGGGCCGGGGCUCCUCUCAACCGAGGCUAUGCUAGCCGUGGGGAUUCACCCGUCGUCUGGGCAAAGACGAACGCGGCUGAGUGGAUAGUGGACUUCCUGCUCUCGCUUGGGGCUGAGGACCGGGAGGUCGACGAGAAGGAGAGGAAUCGAUAUCGGUGGGAUGAGAGGGAGCCUCAGUUCCAGAUGUUGCGGGGGGGUGUGCGCAUUGUCCGGCGAACGUGGCAGUGGGUGGGCAAGUAUUGA